AUGCAUACAUGCAGCAUAUGUAUCAAGAAGAACACAUUUUCCACUUAUGCUAUCAGUGAAAAAUGCCUUUUUUUUUUCCACACUGGUAUAGGAAUCUCAGCCAAUACCUUCCUCCUUUUCUUCCUCAUCUUCAGAUUCCUUACAGAUUGCAGGCUUAAGGCCACUGACCUGAUCACCUGUCACUUGGCCUUCAUCCACUUGGUGAUGCUCCUCAUCGUGGUGCAUUUUUGGUCUUCAGACCUGUUUGAGUCACUGAAUUUUCAGAGUGACUUCAAAUGUAAGGCUUUGUUCUACCUAAGCAGGGUAAUGAGAGGCCUCUCCAUCUGCACCACCUGCCUCCUGACUAUGCUACAGGCCAUCACCAUCAGCCCCAGCACCUCCUGGUUGGCAAGAUUUAAAAACAAAUUUUCAAAUUACAUUAUCCAUGUUUUCUUCUUUCUUUGGUUCCUCAAUUUGUCUUCUAACAGUAACCUGAUCUUAUAUUCUGUAGUUUUAUCCAACGUGACCCAAAUCAAUCCACUGAAUAUAGGUAAAUACUGCUCUAUUUCUCCAAUGAGCUCUGCCAUCAGGAGACUAUUUUUUAUUCUGACAUUAUGCCAGAAUGUAUCCUUUAUAGGAAUGAUGUUGCUCUCUAGUGCAUACAUGGUGAUUCUCUUGUUAAGACAUCAGAAGCAAUAUCAGUACCUUCACAGCACCAUCUUCUCCCCAAGAGCCUUCGCAGAGAAGAAGGCCACCCAGACCAUCCUGCAGCUGGUGAGUUGCUUUGUGGUCAUGUACUUGUUGGACAAUAUUAUUUCAUCCUCCUCAGUCAUGUUGUGGGUUUAUAACCCAGUUAUCCUGGACAUCCAGAAGUUUGUGACCAAUCUCUAUGCCAUUGUUUGCCCUAUGGUACAAAUCAGUUCUGACAAGAGAAUAAUUUAUGUUCUGCAAAAUAUGCUACCAAAAUGCCAUCAAUGUUCAUGA